AGAGAGAGAGAGAGAGAGAGAGAGAGAGAGUCCCAGUGGAGAGCUGCUGGAUUUCCGAGACCAGGACCAGGAGCAGAACAAGAGCGGAAUGGAGGAGGAGCAGCAGAAGCCGGAGCAGCGGAGCAACAAGGUCCCCAGAAGAGCAGCAGCAGGCUCGGCCUCUGAUAGCAGCGGUGUUCAGGGCUGUGCCUCCUGGAAGUCGUACUUCCCGUUCCACUACGCUCCGUUCGCCUCCGUCUUCAAAGACAUCAAAGGCAUUUUCACCGACUUUGAGAAGGACACCAAACCGAAACGGAGAGGAAGAGGGGGACUCGGACAUCACAGCUGUCAGGACUGUGGCAAGUCCUUCACAACAUCUGGAAAUUUAAAGACUCAUCAGAGAGUUCACACUGGAGAGAGACCAUACCGCUGUGAACAAUGUGGGGCAGCUUUCAGACUGUUACAUGAGCUCAAAGGUCAUCAACUCAUUCACACCGGAGAGAAGCCAUUCUCAUGUGAACAAUGUGGGAAAACUUUUUCUCAGAGUGGUAACCUUAAAAGGCAUCAACUCAUUCACACUGGAGAUAAACCAUACAGCUGUGAACAAUGCGGGGCAGCUUUUACAGCUUUGGAUAACCUUAAAGUCCACCAACGCAUUCACACUGGAGAGAAACCGUACAGCUGUGAACAAUGCGGGGCAGCUUUCACAACAUCAGGUAGUCUUAAAGUCCAUCAACUCAUUCACACUGGAGAGAAGCCGUACAGCUGUGAACAAUGUGGGGAAACUUUUUCUGGGAGCGGUACCCUUAAAAGACACCAACGCAUUCACACUGGAGAUAAACCGUACAGCUGUGAACAAUGCGGGGCAGCUUUCACAACGUCGGAUAAUCUUAAAGUCCACCAACUCAUUCACACUGGACAUAAACCGUACAGCUGUGACCAAUGUGGAAAAACUUUUUCUCACAGUGGUUGCCUCAAACGUCACCAACGCAUUCACACUGGAGAGAAGCCGUACAGCUGUGAACAAUGUGGGGCAGCUUUCUCACGGUUAGAAAGCUUAAAAUCCCACCGACGUGUUCACACUGGAGAGAAGCCGUUCUGGUGUGAGCAAUGUGGGAAGACAUUUUCUAAGAAUAUUGACCUUAAAAGACACCAACGCAUUCACACUGGAGAGAAGCCGUACAGCUGUGACCAAUGUGAGGCAGCAUUCACACAGUUAUAUCACUUAAUAUCCCACCGACGUGUUCACACUGGAGAGAAGCCGUUCUGGUGUGAACAAUGUGGGAAAACCUUUUCUCAGAGUGGUAACCUUAAACUACACCAACGCAUUCACACUGGAGAGAAGCCGUACAGCUGUGAACAAUGUGGGAAAACUUUUUCUCAGUGUGGUCACCUUAAAAAACACCAACUCAUUCACACUGGCUCCUCUUGAACAUGUUCUAAAGCCAAGCUGUUGUUAGAGAGGAGAGAGGGAACAAAUAGCGUGAGUCAAGACGCUGUUUACUACCCAGAUAACAAAAGAGAGCAGUCCCGAGCCCAAAGGAGCCGAGGUCCAGGACCACUUGCAGGCACUAACCUGCUUGAUAAAUAUGGAAGAAGAACAAAGUGUGGAAUUGGUCAGAGCACAUAACAUUGGGUAAAAAAGAGCAUGUAAAGAUGACAGAAGUGAAAAUCAGUGCAGUGAAAACCACGAUGAGUGUAACAUAACAGUUGUUUUCCAAGGAAUCAGAUGAUGAGAUAUUCAUGGUUGAAGCUUGUAGAAGAAAAUGAUUUACCAGUUUUAGUCUCAUUUUAUCCUAAUAUCAUCUCUUUCUGGUCACUGAUUAAGUUGAUCAUAUUUUACCUGAUUUUUUUUUUUAAAUACACACCUUUUUCUUGUGGUGUGUAACUGAAUGUUAACAAUUAACAAUAUACAUCAAGAGAUGGAAUUGUUUUUGGAUAUAUGACUGUUAUCGUUUAUAUUUUACUUUAUUAGAUUAUUCAUUUAUACGUUUUGAGUUGGGUUUAUUUUUUUCAU